UUUUGAAGGAGGUUAGCGUACAAAGUAAGUCUUGGAGGUUACGUUGCUAUAGCUGCUAUGUUGGUAGCCACUAUUCAUUUCCGUCCCCUCCCGCUCUUCUACAACGUUCCAUGAUGACGUCAUCGGGAGUAGGAAUCUCGACGGCCGCCAUGGCUGUGCGGUGUACGAAGUGCGAGUGAGUGUGUAGGGCUCGUGUUUUUAUUGUAUACUACAACAGCCACACACGCUGUAGUGCUUUAUUCUUCACCGGACCUACGUUGGAAGACGGCGAGGAGACUAGAAACUGAGUUUGUGUGUUGCUAAGACAAACAACACAGCUGAAAUUUAACGUUUCAGUAGCACGAGUCUUGAAGAGAAUAUUUAAAGAGUUUUUUUAUGAAAUAAAAUGUUUUAUGAUAUGAGUGCUGGAACAGUUUCAAGGUGAUAUUAAUCUAUUUUGAUAGUGAGAAAUAUGUUAUUUGUGAUAGUUCAGUGAUUUUAGUGUUGGUCUAUUAUAUGUGCACAAUACACAUACACGCACAAGCGCUGUAGAUUUGGAAGAGGGAUUUACCACCAUCCCUUACACACAGCAUCGAAGGUGAUUCAAUGCACAGCAGGAGCAGCUGGACAAACUAGAGAGCACAAGCAAUAGAAAAAUACUUUAUAAUAACAUUACAUUUGACACUUGGUACACCGCGUCAGAGAAAUUACAAGAAUCGUGUGUGUGUUUUUUUUUUGUGGUUAUAUCGUGAAUUAAGUUCGUAGCAAAGCGCUAUGUCUAGAGUUUCCGUCAACAAGCCGAUUGCCCGUAACAACAGAGUGAGAAAAAUAAGUAGGACGGAGAGCGAAUGCUCGUGUUCUGAUCGGGCAGAAGAAACAGCGCGGCUGACCCUCGCAGCGGACGGUACGGGCGGUGGAGAUCCGGAAUGCAGUCCCCCUGAUGAAGACGGUAUCUCAUAUUGCGAAUACCAUGACCUGCCGCCGCCCCCAGAUGGCGGAUACGGGUGGGUGGUGGUGUUUGCCAGUUUCAUGUGCAACAUGAUCGUGGAUGGAAUAGCCUAUACUUUUGGCGUCUUCCUGGGCGAAUUCGUCAAAUUCUUCGGGGAAGGAAAGGGCAAGACGGCUUGGGUCGGCAGUCUGCUCUCCGGCAUGUAUCUCAGUGCAGGACCCGUGGUGAGCGCGCUGACCAACAAGUUCGGAUGUCGUACUGUUUGUAUAGCAGGAAGCAUCAUCGGAUGUGCCGCCUUCAUUCUCAGCACCUUCUCGCCCAACGUCAACGUUCUCAUGCUCACUUACGGCGUCAUGGGCGGCAUCGGUUUCGGCCUGAUCUACCUUCCGGCUGUGGUAUGUGUCGGUUACUACUUCGAGACCAAGCGGUCGCUGGCUACAGGCAUCGCCGUCUGCGGAUCUGGAUUCGGGACGUUUGCGUUCGCACCCCUUGCCACGAUGCUGUUGGAGAACUUCGACUGGCGGGGGGCCAACCUCAUCCUCGCCGGGCUCAUUCUGAACUGUGCCGUGUUCGGAGCCAUGAUGCGUCCCCUGGAGUACCCGAAGGGUCCCAGCUGCAAACCUUUGCUGCAACGAAUGGCAGAAGAAAAACGCUUCCAGAUGGAACGAGGGUCUAUAGGAGGUUCUUAUUUCAUGGUACAAUUACCAGAUGGCAGCAUGGAGAAACGUCUUAAGAUGCCCAUCAACAUUGACCCUGGCGUUCAUUCCAGCUUCAACUUGGACCAAUUGGUACCUGGUACACCCUUAACACCAGUACCAACCGUACCAACACUGCCAACUAUCUCUGAGGUUAAAGUUCCAGACCACAGUGGUUCCAGUGGCGCUUCCAGCAGUGGCAGUACCGCAGACCUAAAAGCAAAUGGGGAGAAGACAAAGGCAAGGCGCAUUGAAGAUGUUAAGGAGGAGGAAGAGAAACAAGAUAGCACUAAGGAGAAGGAGAAUAAAGAAGAUAAGGAAAAAGAUGAUAAAGAUAAUGAGAAAAAGAAUGAAGAGAAUGGUUCGGAGUUUAACAACAAGGGUGUUCUGCCCCGCAAUGCAUCCCAGCCAGCUUUCACUACUCAUGUGCAGGGGCUGCCCAAGAAUGGCUCAGUUCCUUUCUUCGAUCGCAUCAGAAAGACCAGCGCCAGUGAGCGGUAUAGGCCCACUCUGGGCCCCAUAAAAGUGUCAAGACCGAGCAUCAAUUCGAAUGGGGAUAUACGGAAAUCACUGCAACUCAGGCUGUCAAAUUCCUCAUUUCUUGGAGCCAGUCGUAACAACAACUGUGAUGAUAUGUGGUCCAAAACUGAUAUGGCUGACAAUGAAAGCAUCUGCUUUUCCACGUCCAAGUCAAGCAUACACCGAGAUCGACGCGAGAUGAUACGGCCUCUGGCCCGAAAGGACAUCUUCUACUCGGGGAGUGUCAUGAACCUGCCAGAGUUCAAAUCACAGAAAUCCCUUGCCAGCUACCGCCAGAGUGUUAUUUCACUGCCCAAGUAUGCACAAGAACGAGGUGAUGUCGUUGACGUUGAGAAAGGAACUGAUCUCUGCCCUUGUCUGACCCUGCCUGAAUCAUUCAAAUCAACUCUGGCUGCCAUGAUGGAUUUAACCCUGCUCAAAGACCCUGUAUUCAUGCUCAUCAGCAUCAGCAACUUCUUCGGCAUGAUGGGUUUAUAUGUGCCCUUCGUAUACCUGGUCGACUCAGCAACCCUUGUCGGUAUUGACUCAAACUCUGCUUCAUUCCUACUCUCUAUCAUUGGUAUCACAAACACUAUUGGUAGGGUGGUUUGUGGCUAUGUGGCAGACUUUCCCUGGGUGGAUGCCCUAUUACUGAACAAUAUAUGCCUGGUGGUGAGCACCCUGGCUGUGGCAGCCACUCCUUUUUGCAGCUCCUAUGCCGGAUACAUUGUCAUGUCCAUCUUUUUUGGCAUUGCUAUUUCUGGGUAUAUUUCGCUCACAUCCAUCAUUCUUGUGGACCUGCUCGGACUUGACAAGCUGACCAAUGCUUUUGGACUCUUGAUUCUGUUCCGUGGUGGGGCUGCCAUCAUUGGCUCUCCCCUGGCCGGAGCCGUGUAUGAUGCAACGGAGAGCUAUGACAUACCAUUCUAUAUGGCAGCAGCAUUCUUUGGGAUAUCUGCUGUUACAAGCUUCAUGGCACCAGCAAUGAAGCGCUGUGUGACUCCUGCUGAAGUUCCACCCGUUACUGAUGCCUUGACACCCAUUGAUGAGGACGUUGAAGAGGAGAAUGAGGAGGAACAAAAUGUCAUUCCAGAAAUUGUUGAGACUGCUGCAUCUCCCAUAAAUCCUCCAGCAACACAGCCCCAAGAGAUUAAACAGAUUGAGUCAGUGCUCUGAACAAUUUAAGAUUCAGAUUUUUAUUAAAGUGGUGAGUUUCAGGCAAACCUUGGCUUUCAUUGUUUCGAAUUUGAAAGAAAAUACUCUGCUUUGAAACACAUGAAGGCCUAUUCAUUUACCAAAAGCAAGCACAUUGACCAUUUACAUUUUUGUAUUUAUAAAAUAGCUGGAAUGAAGGAAACAUGAAACUUAUUUUUUCUUCAAAUGUUUAUUUUAUUUCAGCAUAAAAGUAUAAUUUAUGGUAUUAAAAUGUACUGGGUAUCUUCUUUUUCAAAUUCAGACUGGAAAUGCUAUAUCAGAUAUUAUGGACUUUCUCAGUUCUGUAUAUGGAACUGUAAGUACAACUCUUGUGCAACUUUUACAACAGUUGCAUAAACAGAUGCUGCAGGUUGUGCAUCUGGUUUAAUGUUAAAAGGAGGAGAAGAACAUAGAGCAAUAUAAAAUACAAACUGCCCAUGGGGCCAAAUAGUACCAUUUUGUUUUGGAAUGAGGUGCUGUGUUCCAGGAGAAGUUUCAAAGAUCACAUGUGUAGACCUAUAAUAUGAUGUUGUAGGUAAUUCAAUUUCAUUGAUGAUUCCAGUUCUAAAUCUGUCAUAUUCUAAGUGGCCAAGGUUUUCCAGUGACCACACCCAUGUGAAAUCAAGUCCUAUGUCUAGAAGCCUAUGAGAUGACUUAUGAACUAUUUGUGAUAGGACUGUAAGACACUGCAUAGCUGGCUGACAUAAUGACCAUGUUUAGAAUAUGUGUCAGCAUUUCAAAUGGGCGGGAGGAAAACGAAUCUUUAAAGAGCCCAUGAUUAUGAAGUGCAUCGUGUACACAGUUCAGAUAAAAAAACAAAAUAUGAGAUAAUACAGGAGGUUCAUGUAUAUCAAAUUAUUUCAAAGGAACAACUAAAUUAUAACAACACAUUUAAGACAAUGAAAGUAAGAUUAUGAGCACUACAACUUAAAUAGCUAAUUAAAGCUGUUUGUUAACUUAUGAGUGAAAUGAAGAUAUUUAAUAAGGAUUACAAAUAUCCUUUGUAGCAGGAAUAUUGAGACUAGUUACUGAAUAUAGCAGAAUGUUUUAUAUUGAUCUCUUGCCAAAGUAAUGAGGGAUGUCAUUUUCAGGAAACAAGAUCACUUGCAGACUGGAAUCUGAUUAUUCAUCAGUUAUGUGUCUUAACCUCCAUUUUCUAUGUGGAAUAUGAAUGAUUGUAAUAAAUGCUGUUUGCGAAUUUGGAUUAAUGGAGAUCGAUGAGUGACAUGUAAGGAACAGAGGUAAUAGAAGAAUCGACAACAUUUCCGUGAUUUUGCCAUUUGGAAUAUUGUGGACUUGGACUGCAGAUUUACAGGAUAUUGAAUCUUGAAAAUCGAAAAGGAAUGUUUUUAAGGAUACUGUGAUAAGCAUCUUGUGCUUCGUUCUCUUAUGUGUAGUAGGAAGCUUUCUAGUCUUGCUGCAGUGAUCUGGCCUAACAUAACAUGACAUCUUUCAUUAAGCAACUUGCUGUACUUAUGCAGAUAAAUUCACACAAAAUGGUGGAUUGACAAAAAGGAGUAGGUAGGUAAGUCCAUGAACAAUUUAUACAACUAGUUGAAUUGUAAGUUGCUUGAGCUCAAAAUGAGAAAUUAUCAGAGUAAUGUUUUGCUUUGACUGUGCCAUUUGACAGCAAAUGGAAAUAAUUUUUUUCCAUUGCUAAUGGAAUGAUAUGUUGUAUUUCAAGCCAGAUAAUUUUUCUACACUGGCCUCGUAAGAUGUAUUCAUCAACACAACACCAGGAAUCUCACCAUCACAGGUGAUGAUGAUAAAUGGAUCCAAAGACAAAGAAGAAUUUGCCCGUAACAGUGUGUGCUUAAUUUAGAUAACUUUCUUCUGGAUGAAAGUAUUAAACAAUAUGAGGUGUUAAAUACACACUGUAUUACAAGAACAAGAAUAUAACUUUUCCUCAUUGACUGUGAUAAAAGAAAAUGAAAUGAAACUUCAUCAUUAGCAUAUGAUGAAUAUCUGUUCUCCUGUUUUUCAAAUCUGACUUGUUUGUGUGUGUGUGUCAUGGGGGGGGGGGUAAAUAUUGUAGUCUUUAUUUUGUUACUGUACAGAUUUUGAAGAGGAAAUGCACUUAAAGGAGAAGGUGAAAGAAAUCAAUUAAAGCAGGUAUGUUGAAUGGCAGCCUGUAAUGUCAAGGUUACUCUUACAGAUAUGCGAGUUUAAAUAUUGUGAAGUGUAUGAGUGAUUGUGUAGUGGAGAGGAAACUUUAUGUGUUUUUUUAAAGAAAUAUUUUUCAUGAGUAGUGAAUGAGUGAAUUUUUUAAGUGGUGCUGUGAGCAUUCUGUAAUAUGUUAAUGCUUCUUCAGUCUACAAUAUUGGUCAGAAUGCUAUGACUGGAGCCAUUUCUGAAUCACACUUCUUCUUUAUUCCACAAACCUAAGGUAUGUUACAAAUUUGCAUUGUUUGUUGUUAAUCUGUAUUUUGUAUCUAAUUUAUUUGUAAAUACUGUUCAGCACUACUUCAACUUUUCAAAAAAUGAAUUUAAAUUUUCCUGUUUGUUUUCAAUUUGUGUUUUAUUAUAAUCAUCAGAGUAAAAAUAUUUCUAAUAUUUUAUAUGUAUUUUUAUUUUCUGUCAGUUUUAUAUUGAUGUCGUGAUAGACAUGACUUAUUUAUGACAAAUACAUCUUAAUUUGGAAUAAACAGUAGCAGAAGUGGCAAUGAGGAGAUGAGGUGGUGGCAGUUGUAUGAAUACAACAUAAAUUGUUAAUAUAUGACAAAAAUUGAUCAUAAUAUGCAGUUUUAAAAAUACACUAUUGUAACAGCACUUUCAUGCAGCUCAAAAUGGAGUUGAUAUGAACAUUUAGCAACACCACUUAUUAGUCCCUCUAUAUAUAUAUCCAAUCUUGUUACUCAUUAACUUAUUUGCCAUUUUACCGUUCAGAUGACAGUGUUUUUUAUAUUUUCAAUUUUGAGCACUGUUUGAGACACUUAACAUCAAAUUAAGAAACUUAAUUUCUAUUACAGUGCCACUACUAGCCCAGUUAGUAUUUACUGAGCAGGAUAGAUUGAAAUUAGAAGAGACUUAACAGUAUUGUAUUAUGUGCACAAGCAUGCCUGUAUUAAAAUAAUUUCUGCCAUUUUCAUUGUUUCAGAGUGCUGUUAAUGGCCAAAAGUAUUUAAUGCAAUGUUUGUCUUCAGUUUUGUGUAAAUUACAGCCAUACCAUGUAUAAUCCUAGAAAUAUUUAUAGCAUUAUUCAUGGUAUUGUUUCUCUGACUCAUGUCAUUUAAAGCAUGUUAUACACUUGAAUCUGAUUAUAAUGCAGAACUGUGUGUGAUAUACUGACAUUAUUAACAAAAGGAUUGUUGAAUGAAAAAUACCAUCUUGAAGUGUAUUUUAAUGAGAUUCGACUGUGUUUUUAAAUUAGACACUGUAACAAUAAAACACUGGUGUGAAUUCACUUGCAGAGGGUCAUUUGAGUGAAUCCAAAGUGUGAAUUAGAUGAUAUUCAGUUAGUAUUUCAAUCAUCAGAAUUCUGGUUUCUGGCAACACCUUCAGUUCAUGCUGAUACAAAUUCUUAAAAUAAGAGUAUUGUACUUCUGUGUGAGUGUGCUUCUUGCAGUAGCCAAGUUAAGCAUAUUUCUUUUUCAGUGUGAAGCAAGUAUUAGUAUAGGGAUGGGAGAAAACAAUAGAGGUUAUGUAACCUCUGAUAAGUUUAAUUAAAUAACGAAUUUAAGUCAACAAAACAAAUGGGGUUAGUAGAUAUAAAUGACAUUUAAUAUAACUGCAUUUGCUGGAUGUCUUGAAAAAAUAUUUCAGUCUUUAUUUAAAAUUUUCCUGCUUGGUUAACUUUUCAUAAUUCCAUCCUCAGGUAGAAAGAUAGAGGGAAUUAAAAAUCAAUGAUAUAUCAGUUUCAAUGGAAAUGAAUAUAAGAAUUCUACUUCAGACAUAGGUUUAGAAUUCUUCUCAACAGAAAUUUUGGAACAGUAAUGAAUGAUGAAACUUGAUAGUUCAUUGCUGAUCAAAUGGGUUUUGACAAAACAUAACAGAAUAUAUUUUAAUAAUAUCAUGUGGUUGGUAAUACUGUGGACAAACAAUUGGUAGUAUAUAACAAUGUAACACGUUAACAUAAGUUGACAUGUUUAGCAUACAAUCCAUAUUGUGUUAUGAUCUUGCUCUUUAUAAGGUUUAUGAUAAAUGAUGAAUUUAUUGUUCUGUGGUGUAAUGACAUGGUCCGUAAAGCUUUCUAGCAGAAAUCAGAUUAAUUACAUGACACAGACAAAUUGUACUUGUGCACUUAAAGAAGUUCAUGAUCAUGUGGAUUGCACGUUUUAUACAUAUAUAUAUCAACCAUGAUAAGUAGCUCUAACAUCAUUUGCCUACAAACUAUAAAGUUUACAUACUAUAACUAAGCUGUGCAAUUCAUGAUCUCAUGUAAAGAAAAUAAAGAUAUUUGCUACUCAGUAAUUCAGAAAUAUUACAAUAUCCUCAUUAUUUAUUUUGAUAAUUGAAUGUCUGAGAAACCCAUCCCUACUUACAGAUAGGAUAUUUAAACUGAACUGUACUUAGCAGCAAUAUGCACUAGCUUAUCUCCAUUUUUGACAAAUUCUGUACCAUGUAUUGUUGUAAUAAUGUAGGAAAAUGUGUAAACAGAGCAGCUCACAAUGUUUUGUCUUGUUCUAUAAAACAUACAGUGUUUAUAGUAAUGACAAGUCCUGUACCAUUUUCAUGACUGCUCGCCUAGAAUAACACACGUACAUAAGUAAUAUUCAAAUUGUUGGAUAAAUAUUUAACAAGUCAAUGUUUUAGGUGCCGAUUUAAGACUAUGACAUAGUUGAAUAAGAAACUGCCACGUUUUUGUGGAAAGUUAUAUGUUUAAGGAAAAUAAUUUGUUGUAUUUUAAGGACUGCAUAGAAUGGCUGGUAUCUUAUAUGUACGGUUACAAUAAUCCGUAUAAGACAAAUUCAUAUGUAAAUAUAACAUUAUACAUUCAUAAAUGACAUGAAAACAA